CGGGUCAGGGCAACUCCAACCGAAGUUUGCGAGACAGUAGCUUGCGAUUGCUUGCCGAAGUAGCAGCCACGACUAUUUCCGUCGGUCUUUCUCAUUUCAAGAGGAACCUAAGACUUCCGGAGAAGAGAAAUAGGGAGAAGAGUCUCUAGAGAGCUCCUUGCGAGGAAGCAGCAAUUGAAGUACUGCUACUAACAGACUGGUCAGCGCCUCAGUUUUCGCCUGUGAGCUGUGUAGGACUCGACAUUCUGAGUAUCUGGCUUCCAACGACCAUAGUCCACCGUCAACGUGCCCAACCGUAGUUAUUCUCGAAUUCCUUUUCGGAAGGAGGAGUGCUUCUUAGAUUCGGUGUUACACCACAGCGGGGAAGACGAAGCUCGCGAAGCUCCGCAGAGCAGGUUUGAGUGCGAGGCAUCUGACCCGGCUCCCCUGUUCUUCGCCGGAUUUCGUCGGGUUUUGCCUCGCUGAACCUUCAUCUCGCGAGCCCUUCGCCAACCUCCGUCGCCAGCACCGAUGAAACCACGGCUGCAGCAGCCGGAGCUACAGGCUCGAAAGCAUACCUCCUCCUCCUCCUCCUCCUCCUCCUCCUUUUCCUCCUCCUCCCCGCCCUCCUCUCACACUGCCUUCUCCCUCUCCUCAUCCUCCCCCCAUCCCUCCCAAGGCCCUAUGGCGUUGUCAUCCCCGUUAUUAGCGCGUUCAGAGCUGCGACAGAAACCAGAGAGGGAAGGCGGACAAUGCGCCUGGACACAGCCGCAGCAAGCAGAGUCCCGGGGGCGGAGUCAGGAGCAAGGAGGGGAGGUAUCGGCUGAGCGACGAGAGCCCGUGCGACGGCAAGCGACGGCGGGCUGGCGACGAUUCCAGCCGUGGUCAACGUCGUCACUGUCGUCCCCGUUCGCACUCCUGGUGUCGCUCGUUGUGGCCAUCGCGUUGCUCCAUCGAGCCCCGGUCGUUGAAUCCGCCGUCUCCGCCCACGCCUACGAGAUCCAGAAGCUGCUCGCCCUGAAAGACGCCUUCUCGCAAUACGUGCCGGCCGCACUGCCGUCUUGGAGCGUGGAGGGCGGGGAUCCGUGCAAGAACCAGUGGAAGGAGGGCAAGAUCGCAUGCAACACUGCUGGACGCGUUAUAAGACUAAACCUGUCGAACCAGAACCUCAAGGGGCCGCUACCAGGCCAAGAGUUGGCCAAGCUAGUCGCUUUGAGAAGACUGGACCUCGGUUUCAACAACUUUACGGGGGAGAUUCCAAUCGAGCUUGCUGACCUCAGCAGCAUCACCUACCUGUCUUUAGAGAGCAAUCAGAUAGAGGGUGCCAUUCCAGAGUGGAUUGGCACGGAAUGGCCUACGCUGGUGCACCUUCGCCUUGCCAGCAACCAGUUUGCCGGGCAGAUUCCAAACGGCUUCGGGCAGCUGAAGAACCUUGUCAUGCUUGACAUGGCGUCCAACCAGCUAUCGGGCUCCAUCCCUACGGACAUCCAGGUGUGCUCGCGCCUGGAGCAGCUAUCACUGUCGGGGAACUCCCUCUCGGGCCCUCUCCCCACGUGGAUCGGCAACCUGAAGCAGCUGCGCGUGCUCGAGAUGUUCUCUAACAACCUCUCCGGCACCAUUCCGGCUGAAAUCGCGCAGGCUACCUCCCUUGAGUCCAUAGCGCUCGAUGAUAACGAUCUGUCUGGCACACUGCCGGACGCCCUGGGCAAUCUUCCUUCUCUGGCCGCCCUUUAUAUGGCAUCCAACCUUCUCGAGGGGCCCAUCCCCUACAGCUACCACCGGCUGAAUGGCCUCAUGUAUAUCGACCUGAGCUACAACACUGGCAUCAACGGCACGGUGCCUGAGUACCUGGGAAACCUGUGGCUGCUGGAAUCCAUCGCCUUUGAGAACUGCAACCUCACUGGCUCCAUCCCCGCCUCCCUGGGCGCCCUCUCCCUGCUGGUGGAGAUAUUCCUUGACAACAACAAGCUCACCGGCUCCAUCCCCGAGACCCUGGGCGGGCUGGAGUCAAUCAACAAGCUCUACCUCAACCAGAACUUCCUGGACGGUUCCGUGCCAACGUCGCUGUGCAACCUGACGAACGCGCGGGAGAUCAACUUGUCCAAGAACGGGCUCACUGGGGAUCUGCCCCUGUGCAUGGUCACGCUGCCGCACAUUACUUCUCUCCUGGUCUCAUACAACCAGCUGUCGGGGGACGUGCCGGACAUUCCUGCAGAUAGCAAGCUCUUCUUCAGAUAUGAUCACAACUGCUAUGAAGGAAUGCCAGACCAAUCACCAUGCGCCGAGCCCUCGUUCACGAGUGACGGCACGACUACCACCGAUGGAGGCAGCAAUGACUAUGCUGCUGACAACGCCACGUGGUCUGAUACCACGGCGGAUGACUACCAGCAGUUCUACGACUCAAAUAACCCGGAGGGAGGCAGCCAGGCGGCGCAGAAUACUCAACCUUCUUCCAGUCACACCCCGGUGUUUAUCUACAUCCUGCUGCCGCUCUUCGCCGUGCUGCUGGCCUGCAUCGCCGCGUACCACUUCUCACACAAGUUCAGGGAUGCUGUGCACGUGCUGGUCAACGGGAGGGACAAAUUGGGUGUCACUGAGUUUGACCUCAAACGCAUCAAGAAGGCCACAGGAAACUUCACGGCAGAGUACGGCCGCGGGAGCUUCGGGGUGGUCUUCCUGGCGGACGAAUUUUUCAAGGGGCAGCCAGAGCCUCGAGCGAUCAUCAAGCGAGCUCACGACCCCCACAAGGUCAGCGAGUUUCUGUUCAAGUGCAAGGUGGAGGUGCUAGCAAAGGCGCGCCAUCGAUAUGUAGUGAAUCUGCACGGCUACUGUGUCAACCAGGGGGAGCGCAUCCUCGUUUAUGAGUUCCUCCCUAAUGGCACUCUCUUCGACCGCCUGCACCGCCCUGAGCUCGAGCCCCUCGCCUGGGAGACGCGUGUGCGGGUGGCGUAUCACGUUGCCAGUGCCCUGGAGCACCUGCAUCACGACCUCACACCCCCCCUGGUGCAUCGAGCUGUGACCUCGUCAAAUGUCCUCCUUGCUGCUGAUAUGACUGCCAAGCUGAGCGAUUUCGGCAUUGCCAAGGGCAGCAGCGGGGGCAACAGCGCGUUUGACGACACGCCGAGGCGCAAGAAGAGCCGCAAGCACAAGCAGGUGGCGGACGUGCAGUCGCCCUCGCCGCAGAUGGAGAAGGUGGACGUGUAUGGGUUCGGAGUGGUGCUGCUGGAGCUGAUUACAGGGCAGAAGGCCAUGAAGGAGGUUCACAUUACUACCAUGGCUGCUCCUUUCCUGGAAGAUCCUCAGAUGAUGCCUCUGAUGGUCGACCCCUACCUGGGAGGCAACUACCGCCAGGAGGAGCUCAUCGAGAUGGGCGCUUUGGCCCGCGACUGCAUCCAAGAAAACGCCGCCUCCCGCCCGUCCAUGCGCGAGGUUCUCGAGAGAAUGGAGGAGAGUUUCCCUUCAGUGGGCGCAUGCAUGGAGGGGGGAGGGAAGGUAGGGGAGGACGAGGAAACGGGACUGUUGGUCGAGGGGUAUUCCGCCGCACCGCCCACUUUCGGGCAGGGUGUUACGCACCUGCACCCUCCGCAGGAGCAGGGGUCGGCUGUGAUGAGGGAGGAGCGGCAGGUGACUGGAAUUUCGGGGAUUUCGGCUCCCGCGUCCGCCUGGGCGUCGAUCGAAGGGUUUGCUCGGUCGAUCAAGAGUGCGAUCGGAAAUCCGAGGGGGUUCAUGGGGCACCGGAGCGAGUCGGAUCACGAGAUGUCGUCGCUGCUGGUGCUGGGAGCUAAGACUGGCAGCAGCAGCAGCGGGAGCCUGGGGGGGAGGUGUGACAGGUGAUAAGGUAUAAGUAGAGGAGAUAUUUGUGACUGGGAACCCAAGGGGGGUUAUGGCGAACCUGGGGGAGUAGGACCAUGAGAUGUCGUCGCUGCUGGUGCUGGGAGCUAAGACUGGCAGCAGCAGCAGCAGCGGGAGCCUGGGGGGGAGGUGUGACAGGUGAUAAGGUAUAAGUAGAGGAGAUAUUCGUGACUGGGAACCCAAGGGGGGUUAUGGCGAACCUGGGGGAGUAGGACCAUGAGAUGUCGUCGCUGCUGGUGCUGGGAGCUAAGACUGGCAGCAGCAGCAGCGGGAGCCUGGGGGGGAGGUGUGAUAGGUGAUAAGGUAUAAGUGAUCGAGCAGCAGGUGACCAGCAUUUUGGGUAUUUCGGCUCCUGCGUCCAGCAGCAGCAGCAGCAGCAGCAGCAGCAGCAGCAGCAGCAGCGGAUAAGUUACCGCCUGAGGAUGUGAAUGGGCAUGAGGAGGUGAUAAGCUACCAUGAUGGUAACCUGGAAACCCGAGUGGUUUCAGGGAAGGGGGGGGGGGGUGGGCUGGUCAGAAGCAGACCAGAUAAGCCACUGGUGGUGCUGGGCAUUGAGAGUGGCAGCAGCAGCGGGCGGCAGCAGGAGGGGGGGGCAUGAGGAGGUGAUAAGUUAUCAGGGUGGCUGACGCGGGAUUCCGAGUGGUUCUGAGUGGGAGCAGCAGCAGCAGCGGGAGUGUGAGGAAGUGAUAAGUUAUCGAAGGGGCGGCUCUGGUGCCAUCAUUCGGAGAAGCUGAGUGUACAUGACGCCAAGAUAAGAACAUUUGAGGAUACUCCCUAACAAUAUGCAUCUAAUUUAUCAACCAUAGGUGACAAUCCUUUUGUCUAUCAAUUUGUUUGAUUCUAAUUGAGAGUAGGGCGGAGACAAGCUCUGAAAUCUUCAGUGUCUUGGUGGGUUGACGAUAGUGCAUUGUUUUCAG